CUUGCUGUCAUUGUGGUCAUGAGCAGUAGGUUAUAUUCCAUUUAAUUUCUGUAAACUUUCAUUCCAAAAGCUUUGUUUAUUUUUAAAAAAGUGGAAAAUUUUUAUUUAAUAAAAGAAACAUUUAGUCUAACACAUAAUAUGGCAGGAUUUGAAGUAAGAACUUCAAAUAGCAAGAAGGGAAAAGGAUUGUUUGCAACUAAGAAGUUUGACAAAGGCGAUAUUAUAUUGGAAGAAGACCCUUUAGUUUCGUGCCAAUUUGCUUGGAAUGCGGCAUACAAAUAUUUAGCAUGUGACUACUGUAUGAGGCCAUUAGAAACGCCAGAACAAAAUGUGAGACGAUUAUCCUGUAAACCAGAUAUAGUCUUACCACAUGCCAAUUGUUUUGAUAUAAAUCUGGAGAAUAUAGCUAGUUGUGAACAAUGCGGUAUAUUAUACUGUGGAGAGGAAUGCAAACAACGAGCAUUUAAUAUUUAUCAUAGAAGUUUAUGUUACGAUACAACUGAUUCACAACACCCUAUAGUGAUACUCUUGGAGACUUGGAAACAAAUGCAUUAUCCGCCGGAAACAACAAGUGUAAUGCUUUUAGUGAGAAUAUUGGCUUUUAUUGAACAGAGUAAUGACCCUACAGCAGCAGCUAAUGUUAUCAAACAAUUCUGUCAUAGAACAGUAAAUGAAGAUGCAGAACUUGUUCACAAGUUACUCGGUGAACAGUUCACUGACCAGCUGAACACAUUACGAGAUAUGACAGCUAAUGUUAUUAAUGGAGAAUAUAUACAAGAGUUUCUGACACCGGAAGGCUUUUGCAGUUUGAUGGCACUAGUUGGUACAAAUGGUCAGGGGAUAGGUACAAGCCCACUUGCCUUGUGGGUGAACUCUGUGUCAGAACUGACCAUGUCUGAUGAUGAGAGACAACAACUUGAUUUGUUUAUCGACAAGCUGUAUCAGUAUGUGGAACAAGAAUCCGGUACUUUCUUAAACACGGAAGGCUCAGGACUAUUCAGAUUACAGAGUGCAUGCAAUCACAGCUGUGCUCCUAAUGCUGAAUCAUCGUUUCCGUAUGGCAACCAUAGAAUACAGUUGAAAGCAAUUGAUCUUAUAAUGCCUGGAGAUGAGAUAUCUAUAAGUUAUUUAGAUGAGUGCUCACUUCAGAGGUCCAGGCAUUCUAGACAGAAGGAACUGGCACAGAAUUAUUUGUUUGUCUGUUGGUGUGAGCGUUGCCUUGCUCAAGGUUCGCAGCCAGACUGCACCAGCGAGGAGGAGAUGAGUGAUGAUGACAUAGAUGAUGAAGACUGAUGUUCCAACUUCCUUGCAUUUUGCCUUUUGGGUCUAUGAUGGAUGAAGGAAAUCUCGAUGAAUGUGUCUCAUGGCUGUACCCCAAUAGACAGGAUGUACAAUAGGUAGAGAGGAUUUCCAUUUGACGCGUUCCUGGUACACCAUUUGUCUAAAGAUCAGUGAAAGUGUAUCUUCCAUCUUAGUUCUAAAGUGCUGUGCAUUUAAUAUGACUUUAAAUGUGUGUGUAUGUGUUAAAGUGAAAUGACACUAAAAGUGUAUGAACUUCAGUAUGGUAUGUGAAAAUUAGUUAUAUCUUUAGUGAAUAUUAUUAACAUAUUAUGUU